AUCGCUGUGUAGUAUUUGUUUAAACGUUAAAGCGCACACAACGCCAAAGCAGCUCUCUGUGGAUCAACAGGUGGUGUUUGUAGUUAGUGGCAUAAAUCCUCCAGCAACGCCAAAUUACUUUUCGAUUUUAUUCUUUAACAAUAAUACUUUAUGUGAAGACGUGCGUGUGUUUACUUCGAGGCCUACAAUAAGCUAAUAAUCGUCGCAAAAGUAUCAGAAAAUCACUGCCAGAAGUUAACUACUUACAAAUUAGUACUUCAUUGAAGCAAUUAAGCAGCCAUGCCAGCUAAAUUUGAAUACUCACUGGGCGUGCACGAGCUAAAGUCAAAGGAGCAUCGCCUUUGGCAAGCGCUCGUAGCCGAAUUUCUGGGCAAUUUCCUAUUGAAUUUCUUUGCAUGUGGCGCGUGUACCCAACCCGAGGAUGGUACAUUUAAGGCGUUCGCUUUCGGUUUGGCUGUUUUUAUAGCGAUCACGGUUAUUGGCAAUAUCAGCGGUGGUCACGUAAAUCCUGCCGUCACAGUUGGUCUGUUAGUGGCGGGACGUGUCAGCGUUUUACGUGCCGUACUCUAUAUAAUAUUCCAAUGUUUGGGCUCAAUCGCCGGCACGGCAGCCAUUCGUACACUCAUCGAUGAGGUUUACUAUAAUGGCUUGGGUCAUACACAUCUAGCCCCAAAUAUUACCGAGCUACAGGGUCUCGGUAUUGAAUUCUUUUUGGGUCUAGUGUUGGUGCUCACCGUAUUUGGUGCUUGUGAUGCUCAUAAACCAGAUUCACGUUUCACCGCUCCACUCGCUAUUGGUCUCUCCGUAACACUCGGUCACUUGGGCACAAUCCGUUAUACCGGCGCCAGCAUGAAUCCGGCACGUACUCUAGGCACUGCCUUCGCUGCCGAGAAUUGGGAUGCACACUGGGUGUACUGGGCUGGACCCAUACUCGGUGGCAUUGCGGCAGCGCUCAUCUACACACAGGUGUUGGAGAAGCCGCUGAUGCAGACCAGCGUUAAAGUGAUUGAGGUGUCCGAGAAGUAUCGGACACACGCUGAUGAGCGUGAGGUGAGCCUUGUUAAAAGCUGGAAAGACUCUGAUUUCUACUAAUCAAAAAACUAGAAUACAAAAACAACAAAAUAUAAAUACAAAAACAAAAGUUGAAUUCCGAGUGUUUGAUUGAGCGGAUAAGCGAGAGUUGAGUAGAAAAAUGAAUUUAAACAAAAAUUGAAUGGCAGUUGUAAUGUUAUAUAAUGCAUGUUGGAAUUAUAUAAUAUGCCGUUAUGUGUGUUAUAUAUACUGCGAGCCGUGCAAUCGAAUGCUGGAAUUCUGAGUACUUAUCGAUAUAUAUAUUAUUAUAUGAUUAUAUGCUGCUACCAUAACACACCCACCUGCAAACUUCUCCACAGCAUCUUGCAACAUAACACAUACAUACUUAUAUACUUAAAAUCUUAAUUUUCACCAUAAUACAUACAUAUUUACAUAUGUACAUACAUAUAAUACAUACAUACUUUUGUGCCUACUCCUUUAACUGCUGAUCUCAUUUGCUUAAUACGCUUAUCUUAUUUAUUUAUAUCAUAGAUUUUUGUCUAUUAAAACGUGUCUCACCUUUCUUAUAAAAUACAGAUGAGAAAACUGGAUAGUGCACGUGAUUACGCUUAAAUACAAAUACAAAUACCAAUA